AUGCAGCAGCUAUCCUACGAUGAAGAAGCGGAAUUUCCAGUAGCAGCUAAAAUCAUACGCACAAACUUCUACGUGGAUGAUCUAAUCGCAGGAGGAGACACCAUUGAGGAGGUCUUAUGGAAGGAUAAGCUCGACUGGGAUGAAUCCCUGCCGCAAUCUUUGCAUUCCGCUUGGUUGGAGCACAUGUCGCAGAUCGCCACAGUUGCUUGUUUGAGGUUUCCACGCUUUGUUCUGCAGCAUAACUCAUCGAUUUCGCAGAUACAGGAAAGAACUAAGGGAAUGACUUGGAGGCACGUACCGUCACGGCAGAAUCCGGCGGACAUCUUAUCUCGUGGAUGUACCCCUAUUGAGCUGAUGGAAUCAAAACUUUGGAGUGAAGGACCGCAGUUCGCACUCACUGAUUCUUCUACAUGGCCCGAUGACUCGCCCCCUGUCAAGGAACUUCCUGAGCGUCGACGCAGCGCAUUGGUGCUGUCGCAGGAAAUGGACAUCUCACACAGUUGCAAGUUUGGAAACUCGUUUUGGAGAAUGCAGAGAGUCUUCGGAUAUAUAUAUCGGUUCCUUCAAAGGGUCAGCAAGGAUCGAGUACGGCAUAAAGGAGAGCUUACAGUCGAGGAAAUCAAAGGUGGGACUCAUCUACUUAUUAAAGGAAUUCAGCGCGUGCACUUUGCCGAGGAUCACAAAGCAUUAACCUUGAAGAUGAAGCUGUCGCCGAGAAGUAAACUUCUGUCCUUAAACCCAUUUAUAGAUGCAGGAGGUCUAAUGCGCGUCGGCGGACGCCUUCAAAAUUCGCAGCUGGAUUUCGAUGCCAAGCACCCUAUGAUUCUUCCCAAGUCUCAUCAUAUAACCUCAGCUAUCAUUGAUCAUUUUCAUCGCAAGUUCCUUCAUGCAGGAGCGCAGAGCUUGUUAGCCGCUUUACGACAGAGAUUCUGGCCCAUUGGAGGGCGAAAAACGGUUUCUGCUGUCAUCAACAAGUGCAUUCAAUGUUUCAGAUUAAAGCCCAAGCUAGUAGAACACAUCAUGGCGCCGCUCCCGGAGGACCGAGUGCAGCCGAAUCGCCCAUUCGUCAUCUCUGGAGUGGACUUUUGUGGCCCCUUUUAUUCGAAGUCAGAGGUCAGAAACAGGCCCCCUACGAAGUGCUACAUAGCCAUAUUCGUUUGCUUCGUCAGCAAGGCCACACACUUGGAAGUCGUCGAAGACCUUUCAACGCAAUCGUUCAUAGCAGCCCUGAAGCGAUUUAUAAGCCUGAGGGGAAAACCUCAAACUAUUUGGUCAGACAACGCAACGAACUUCGUGGGAGCCAAAAACGAGCUAAUUGAGCUUCGGCAGCUGUUUCUGAGCGAUCCUCAAGACAUGGAGCUAUGGAAUUCCCUUACGUCGAUGGAGAUCCGCUGGAAUUUCAUCCCACCUCGUUCUCCGCACUUCGAAAACCCAGAUGACAUUAGUGUCCUUACUCCUGCACACUUUCUCAUUGGAUCUACAUUCACUGCAAUGGAUGAGCCUGAUGUCACCCAUCUGAACAUCGAUCGCUUGAGCCGGUGGCAGCGCGUAUGCCAAAUGCAGCAAACCUUUUGGCGCAAAUGGAGCGCCGACUACCUUUCGCUGCUGCAGGAGCGGACUAAAUGGCGCCUUCCUGUGAGCAACGUACCGGCAGGCAGCAUGGUCCUCAUCAAGGAGGACAACGUACCCCCUUUGCGGUGGCGCCUCGGCAGGGUCGAGAGCACCGUCGCCGAAGAGGACGGCGUCGAACGAGUUGCAGUCAUCCGAACCGACUCUGGACUAUGCAAGCGGGCAAUGAGGAAGCUUGCGGUGAAUAUCGGUUUGAUAGGCACCACCUUCUCCUCGGAGAAGGUCCUCCGCGUGGUACCUCCUGGAAACGUACUACGGUACGGCCAAUGCGAGCGGCACCUCCUGUGA